AUGGGACUCUUCGACAUCUUCUCCUCCCCGGAAACGAAGCGUGCAGAGGAGGUACGCAAGGGUGCCGUCGCCCCCGACCGAUCAGAGCGCAAGAAGUGCUGGGCUGCCCGCGAUAGCUUCUACCGGUGUCUCGACAAGCACAACGUCAUCGACUCAUUAAAUGGCGAGGGAAAGAAGACGGCCGAGAAGCAGUGUAGCGCCGAAAACACAGUGUUUGAGCAGGAUUGCGCCAGUGCUUGGGUCACAUAUUUCAAGAAGUUUCGUGUCGCUGAAUACCAAAAGAAGAAGACUUUCGAGCGGUUAGAAAAGGAAGGCGCCAACAAGAUGGCGGUUGAAGGUCCAGGAGAUGCGCCAGGGUCAACGAAGAGGUAA